GGGUGACUACUACUCUGUGGCGCCGUGACUCACCUGUGCUCCGCCGGAUUGGCUGCUGCUGCGGCGGCUCCACACUUCCGGUUGUCACUGGUUUCACCUGCCCGACCGGACCGGACCGAGGAGAGGGGGCGAGGAGACAUGGAGCGGCGGCGGAGGCGGAGGACCGGGGGCUGCUGGCUCCUGCUGCUCCUGGGCUUUAUUGGAGUGGACUGUAUAGACAUUCGAAUGGACUCUGAAGUAUAUGGUGUUGUGGGAGAAUCCGUUAAACUAUGGUGUGGCUUUUCCUCAAGUGAUUCAACUUCUGAAUUAAUAAACGUAGACUGGAGCUACCGUUCUUCUGCAGGAGGUCCCACGGUCACUAUAAUGCACUACCAGUCAAAACCAUACCCCACGUUAGGGGGACCCUUCAAGGAUCGUGUAAAGUGGGAAGGAAACAUUGGACAUGGAGAUGCUUCUAUUUUAUUGGAGGAUCUGAAACUUACUGAUAAUGGCACAUUCACUUGUUUGGUUAAAAAUCCACCAGAUGUCCAUGGGAAAGUGCCACAGACGAAACUAACAGUAACACUGCAAAGUGUAUUCUUUAAGUUCAACACUGUGAUUUUGCUGUCUUCUCUGGUGUUCAUCCCUUCUGGUUUGGUCUCUGUUAUACUUCUGAUAAGGAUGAAAAAGGCCAUCCAGAGAGACCGGAUCAGGAGCCAAAAAUUGAAAAAGUCUCCUAUUGAAGAAUCCCAAGAUUGUGUGUAUGAUGCAAAUAUGACCACUCCACUUCAUCGCAGUUCCUCUACAGAAAAGCCCCCUGGCUGCCUGAUGAGACUUUGCCAGCGUUGUGCUGAUGAUUAUGAUUAUGACUAUGGGGGAGACUCGAAGAGUCUUGUUUGAACGGACUCCUUUUGGAUGAAAUAUAAAGAUGACAUUCAAGCUUCAGUAAUAUGAAGGAUAUUAUGGAUUGUAGAGGAUUAUGGGACUUUAUCCUCUUCGGAAUUUUAAGUUUUUAUUUUAGUACAAUUGUACAAUAUUGAUUAUUUAAAAUGUACAGAAUUUUUAUGUGUAAUGUACACGAAAAAAAAGAUUUUCUGAAGUAUUUUAAUGUUGGUGUGACAUGAAGUAAGUAUUUUAAAAGUAACACCCCCACAUUGUGAUAUACCAAAAGUAUUCUUGGGCCGACUCAUUUUACACAUUGUUACUUGAUGCCCUAAUGUUCUAGAAAAAGCAUUCAAUCAAUUGUGAUGUAGAAAUAUAGGCUUAAAAGACACAACAUCCAAACAGGCCGUGGUUUUCCUAUACUGUCUUUAUUGCAUUUUAUAGACAACAGAACUAAACUGGAUAUACUGAUACCUCUAAAGAAAAACUAGAAAAUAGGUGGGGAAAAAAUCUUGUACAUGUGCAAGAGGACAUCUAUUUUGUCUCCCAUCCCCACUCAUGAUAAUUUAUCUAUAUGACACUUAGCUUAAAGGGAAUAUGUCACCUACUGAUACUGAAACAUGUUUUUUUUUUUUUUUUGUGCAUUAUGGGGGUGGUCAUCUUGCCUGAGCUGUUUAUAAGAGCAUUUAUGGAUAUAGCCACAAAGGUAUGCCACAGAAUUUUUUUCCCUAGAGUGGGAUCAUUUUCUAGGCAUGCGCUGUACAGAGGUCAAUCAACACAGAGGGGGGUAGGCUGAGCUGUGAGUUUCAGCUAUUGUGAAUGGUGUCUAUAUAUUGGUGUCACAUUUCACUGUAUUCCUGUCUGUGUUCAUAAGGAGGACACUGCUGGAAGAUGCUCUUCACAGAACAGGCAGUGUCAUAUGAUUAAUAGGCCUAGUGGCCAGACUAAAAAUUGCUAAAUUUCGGGAUUAUUUUAUAAUCUAGAUUAGUGGUCUUUAAACUGCGGCCCUCCAGUUAUUGGAAGACACUCCCGGCAUGGCUUUCCAGGCAUGCUGGGAGUUAAUGUUUUCCAGCAGCUGAAGGUCUGCAGUUUGGAGACCACUAAUCUAGAUAACUAAAUGGAACAUUUUAAAUAAUCGCCAAUUUGAAAAAAAAUCACAAUAAAUGCUUUCAAAUAAAUAUUAACAGAAAAACUUGAUUUAUACAAUAGGUCAUUUUCCGAUUACUCUUUUCCUUUUAAGCUGGCCAUGAACAAGUUAAUAUUGACUGCAGUAGUUGGUGUAAAGUUAUCAAUUACAACAAGUUCAUACUUGGAAGCAGUAAACGUUGAUAUCCAGCUGUUUAUCGUAAAUGUCUUUUCAUUUUUGCCACUGCACUAUGAAUAAAAUAUAAGCCUUAAAUAUCUAAAUUAUUUGUAUACUGCCUUAUUUUUGGGCCGUCUCAUACAACAGGCGGCAGCAAAUGCUUUUAAAUAGGGUACAUUUUUUAUAUUUUUUGCUGCUGAAUUUAAUUACUAGUGUAUGCAGAACAUUAGACUGUCUGUCCAGUGCAACAAAGUUAAAGGGAUACUCUAGCACAAAAAAAAAAAACAUAUCCCAUAUUCACAGGAUAGGAGACAAGUUUCUGUUGCGGGGUUUUUUAGUGGUUAGAUCUCCGCAGGCUACAGUACAAGGCCCCGAAUAUCCCUGCUGCAUGGAGUAUUCCGCUAAGUGAGUCCUCUAUGGGAGUGCUGGAAAUACACGAGUGCUGUAGUUGUGUAGCUCCAGCGCCACCAUAGACUGUGUAUAUCUGUAGACAGAGUGCUUACCCCACUCUCCAUGUGUGUUCUGGAGAUCGCAGUGUCCGACCUCCCGUGUAUAAGGGGGGAUAUGAUUUUAAAUGUUGGAGUACCUUCUUAGGAAAUAAAGAGAAGUAUCUUAAGAUGGAUGGUACCAGGAAAAAUUUCAAAUGUCUCUGAAUUUAACAAGAAACUUGCAGAAAACCUUGGCUAGUGAUAAAUGUCUUUCUGCUUCUGCUUCUGCUUCUCAUAUUAAUAUCUUUAGUAAAACCUCAUAGUAGAUGCGUUUUUUGAUCUCCGAGAAAGCAAAUUUAAACACACCUGAAAAAUCCCUUUUGCAGCUUAUGUUUUGCCACAUUACUUGGCUAACAGUUUUAAUUUAAAGGGGUACUCCGGUGCUAAGACAUCUUAUCCCCUAUCCAAAGGAUAGGGGAUAAGAUGCCUGAUCAUGGGGGUCCCGCCGCUGGGGACACCCGUGAUCUUGCACGCAGCACCCCGUUAUUAUCAGUCCCCGGACAUGUUCGCUCCGGGUCUGAUUACUGGCGAUCACAGGGGCCAGAGCACUGUGACGUCACGGCCCCGCCACGCACCCUCCCUGCCAUGCCCCCUCCCAUAGGCUUGCAUUGAGGGGCGGAGCAUGACAUCACAAUGCUCCGGCCCCCGUCAUCGCCAGUAAUCAAACCCGGAGCGAACAUGCUCCGGGGACUGAUUAUAAGGAGGUGCUGCGUGCAAGAUCAGCGGCGGGACCCCCGCGAUCAAACAUUUUAUCCCCUAUCCUUUUUUUGGAUAGGGGAUAAGAUGUCUUAGCGCCGGAGUACCCCUUUUAAAGGGUUGCUGUCAUUCUAAAAAAAAAAAGUUUGACAUGUCAAAAGUUUUCAUCGGAGUUUAGACCCCAACUGAUUAAGAUAGUGGUGGGAGAAGCACCCGGCUGAGAGCUUUACCCCUUGCUGAGUGCUUUACUCCCUGUUGCAUAAGAUGGACUUCACUGUGGGUCUAUAGAGCUUGUCUUAUACAACAAGUCAGACAGAGUAGUGGACCAAGGAGUGAAAUGCUCAGCCAAUCUUACAAUUAGAAAGACCGUAACACUUCAAAUGGCUAUCAUGGGCAAGUAUUAAAGGGGUUAUACAGGGGGGGGGGGAAAGACAGUAGAUAUACAUAAUAUAUAUAUAUAUUUUUUAUGUGAAACAGCACCAUACCUCUCCAUAGGUUGUGUAUGUUAUUACAGCUUGGCUCCAUCCACCUUGACAGAACUGAGCUGCAAUACCACACACAACCUGAAGACAGUGGUGCUUUUUUGGAAAAAAUCAGCCGUUUUCCUAAAUCCUGGAUAACCACUUCAACGUGCCUGCAUAUGACCUAUAAUAAAGUGAAUGAGGCUGAGCUGCAAUAUCAAACACAACCGGUGGACAACAGUGGCAUUCUAUACAAAAUAAAAUAAAUGUUAUGCUCGACAACCCCUUUAAUGCGUAUAAAUGUGUUUUGCUUGUCUCUUUCCUAUUGUACAUUCAGGUAUGAACCUUCAUUUACACUGUACAAAAGUGUCAUUUUGUUGAAAGUUAAUUAAAUGUAUUUUAUUUAUCUUGAUUAUUUAACUUGUUUUGGCUGCUAUGGUGUAUAUAAAAUCAUGUUCUGCAAAUCUGUUUAUACUGUAUCCCAUCAUAGAUAAAUGCUCUCUAAAUGAAUGUUUUUAUAAUAAAUUGAUAUCUAGA